AUGGAAGAUCAUGAAAUUACCGAUGGUCAAGAAAUGAAUAUGAAUCCUGCUAGUGGUAGAGCGAUGAAUUGGUGUGAUGCGGUGUCUUAUGAUGUUUGUGUUGCUUCUGAUGUCGUUGAUAUGGAUGAUGCAGAUGAGGAUGAAACUAUGCCAAUUGUUUUGGAUGUUGAUGGAUCAUGUGUGUUAAACAAUUUUGAUGAUGUGGAUGCUAUUGUAAAUUGUGAAUACUAUAUGCCAAAUAACAUUAGUCAUUAUUUUGUUUUCUGUGAACUUAUCGAUUUUUUAAAUGUUUCAGCUAACAAUAACUCUAAUUUAUUUUUACUGCAUAUAAAUGUCAGAAGUUUGACUGCGCAUGCUGAUGAUUUGGCACUGUUGAUUAAUGGUUUUCAAUUAUAUGUUAAUAUCCCUCAAAUUGUUGCUUUAAGUGAAACAUGGCUAAAUGAUGACACUAACUAUGGCCCUAUACUAUCGUAUUUUCCAUGCCAUAGUCUAGUUGCGAAAAAUAGGGUGGGUAAAAGGGGUGGGGGUACUGGUUUUUUAAUUGAUAAAAACUUAGCGUACGAAAAUUUAAAUUGUAAUUUUUCUCUCAGUUCCGACCUGUUUGAAUGGGUCGGAAUUAAAUUUGCCUCUGACAAUAAAAAAAAUAUAAUCAUUUGUAUUUAUAGGCCACCAAAUUAUAAAUUGGAUAAUUUCUUAUCUAAAAUGCAGGAAUUUUUAUAUGAACUUUUAAAAGACGAUGUCGGUAGUGAUGUUUUUAUACUUGGGGAUUUUAACAUUGAUUUGGCUGUAAAAAACCAGGCAUCAUUAUCGUUUUUAAAUCUUAUGGCUCAAUUUAAUUUGCAUCCAAUUAUCAACCAACCGACUAGAAUAACAUCAAGCUAUUCGUCAACGAUCGAUAAUGUUUUUACUAAUUAUGGCAUCGGCGGCUGCCCUAAAGGAAUUCUAUACAGCGAUGUUUCUGACCAUUUACCUAUUUUUCUUUGCAUACCAUUGAAUGCUAAGGCUGUCGGUGGCAAAAACCCUUACAUUAAAACCCGUUUGAUUAAUUCUGAGAACCUAAAAAAAAAGCAAAUUGUUUAUUACAGAAUAUCCAGUGGAACAUGUCUGAUUACGGGUCCGAUUUUGAAUCAAAUUUUAAGAAAUUCCUAA